UAACCUAAUAUUGUUUUGAGGUAGUGGCGUGUGCUGACCUGGUUAGCGUGACAAGGGUCUAGCAUAAGGAGCACACUGAGGGCCAUAGAUUAAUAUUUGGUAAGUCAUGCUAUAGGUGACAUGUUUCUAGAACCUGUGGGGUGUAAUAUUGCUUUGUGGUUGUAGCGUGUGCUGACCUGGUUGGCGUGACAAGGGUUUGGUAUAUAAGGGGGCACACUGAGGGCCAUAGAUUAAUAUUUGGUUAGUCAGUCAGUGAGCCAUAACCUUGAGAGCACAGACAGGCAGACAGAUAAAGAGACUGAGACAGAAAAGGGAAAAAUAUAGAGCAACGUGACAAAGCAUGAGGGAGCACACCAAUGACAUAGAUUAAUAUUUGCAGCCAGAGCGUGAGACAGUCAGCCAACCAUAACCUCGAGAGGAGAGACAAACGGAGUGAAGUGGAGGAGGAGGGAAAGGAGAAGGGAGGAGGAGGAGCAAGGCACAGCGAGGCACGAUGUCAGAGGAGUGCGUGGUGUGUGGGGAGGCGGAGGAGGGCAAGCCUCUGUACAAGAAGCUGGGCUCUGGAGAGUUCAACGUGGAGGUGAUAACUGCACUGAAGGCCCUGCAGAUGCUGACCAUCCCCGAGGCUGCCAAGAACAGCAGCUACAUCUGUUGGGACUGUGACGAGAUUGUUCUGGAGCAGUACGACAGAUACUUGAAGGAGCAGAAGCAAACACCUGUGCCACAGAAACAGACAAAGAAACAACCGAAGAAGAAAAAGAAACGCGAUCGAGACAAACUCAAGUUGACCAUCUCCAAGAGCACCCAGAGGCAGAGCAGCAGCUGGGGCAUCGACAAGCCACAGAAACAGACCAGGAGCAGCAGCAGCAGCAAGAAUAAUCCAAGCAAGGCUGCCAAGUUUGUCGUCUCCCACAGCUACAGUAGCAGCAGCAGCCUCUCCAAGACCAAGCAGUUGGAGCAGCAACGUGCCCUCAAUGCCCACCAUUUCUCCCACUGCCUCAUGUGCGAUUGCAGCUUCGAAAAUGAGAGGCGCACCUACCAGCGCUUCUCUCUCAAGAACAGAGUCAACGAUGAGGUGGACAUUGCUCAAGUGAUGGAGGUCCUUGGUCUGGCGCGGCACAUUGCACCCGACAUUAAGUCUCGGAGGUACGUCUGCAACCCAUGCUUUGUCAUCAUCCGCCGGAGCUACAAGGACAAGCUGAUGAAGGAGACGACCGAGGAGGUGAAGGCCCCGCCCCAGCCCUCCGCCCCAGCCCUGGCGUGUCCCCAGGCCUCCAUCCGCCGCGCCACAACGGAGGAGCAUGCUGCGGAGAUUGCGAAAUUGCUGCCUCCAGGCCUGGCCGAGUGCUAUAAGAUCAUAACCCAAAACCCACCUAACAAGAAGACUGAGGCACCACCAGUCACACCCCAGAGAGAGAGCAUAGAUGAGAACAGUCAUGAGGCAGAGGUGGAGGAGGAGCCCAGCUUGGACGAGGAGGAGGAAGGCGAAGAGGAGGCCUUGAUAGUCUCCCAAGAUGAACACGGAAACUACCUCAUUGACAUCAAUGAAAGAAGAGCGAAGAAGGGCAGCAAGGCGAAGGGGGAGGACAAGGAGAAACCAGCUGUCCCUCAGCUACGCCAGAGGAAGAAAAAUGUGUUACUGCCCAAGCGGAUGCACAAACACCUCUCUGUGGGCCUGAACGACACCCCAGGGCUCUCCAAGACAGCCUCAGGGGAAGCAGAGGAUAUGGAGGUGGAUGCAGAGGGAAGGGCCUCUCCACCAGACUCCACCAACCUCUCCCGAGGGGCACAGAGUCAAAUGUGCAACAUAUGUGGCAUCACCAUAAACCACAAGCCGUCCAGCUGGUGGCACACACUCAGCAGUCCUCUGGCCAGCUUCGAGAACGUGACCGUCGCCUCAGCUCUCAAGCUCCUGGAAACCUGCUUGGCCAGCACCUCUUCUUCAGAUGUCAAGGAGGACCCCUCAGUGUGCCUGCCCUGCUACACCAAGGUCUCCACAGGCUUCAGGUCACAGGUCGUGCAGAAGAUUGCCCGCCAGAGGAACAUAGAUGUCAGUGAGGUGAACCUGUCAUGUGUGAAGCUGCGGGUGUUGCCGAAGGAAGCUCUGGAGGCAGUGGAAGCCCCUAGUGCUGUUAAGGGAGCCACUGAGACCACCAAGGUACCUGAGAGGCCCCCUGAGGCCCUUCCCACAGCACUCUCGCCAGACGAGGCUGGUGAGGGGGAGAAGGAGAACGUGGACAUUGAGAGACUCGUCCACAAGAGGAAGAAAGAGGAAAGCUAUAGUCCUGAAAAGAGAAGAAAAUCACACAGAAGGGAAGUCCUGGACAGCCCUGGAACAGACGGAGGUCAGGAGGGUGCUGCAGCAGUCACCCCUUGUCAAGGAAGUAGGAGCCAUUGCCCCAGAGGAAAGGACGGCAGGUUUAUGAAGAACGCUAAGCAGAAACAGCAGCAGCCCACCCCCCAGGCAAGGACUCCCGCCGCACACGCCAGCCAGAAAACAGCAGACACACCAACCACAAGCACCCAAGAGCUGACACCAAGAGGGAACAAAGAGCCCAAGGAGAUUGAACCUCUAGUCAUCCUCAAGGACCUCAAGUUUGUGUUGCCUCAGGAAGCCUUCAGCGGCAAGGCGGUGUCGUCCCACAAGAUCGAGAGCAUCAUGGAGCCCCCGAGUCGGCUGGACCAAUCAUCACUGGCCCACGCUGUGCUGGACACCAACGCCUCACCUCUACAGCUGGUCUUUAGUGCCCUGUCCAUCUACCACCCUCCUGAUGACGUGGACGCUGAACCACCACCAACAACGACAACACCCUCACCACCACUAGCAGCAGCAUCACCCAGCAUGGAGUUACCAGGUGUCCCUAAGGUGUGUGGGCGGUGUGUGGUGUGCGGCUGCAGUUUCACCGUCUCCGCGAAGGCCUGGUACGGUGUAGAGGAUAAUGUCCGCCCGCCGACGCUGCUGGUGCCGGUGCGAUGGGUGUGCGUCUCCCUGGCCGUCUGUCUGCCCCAAGUGUCAGAGGAUGAUGCACGACAGGGCAAGGUGUGCCAGCAAUGCUUCAAGCUACUAGGGGACCAGUUUGAGCUGUUCGUCAAGAGGAAGGUUGGGGAGUCGUGUGGCCUGGAGACUCAAGCUGUGGACCUCUCCAAGUAUUCCUUCACCUUCAACCCAACCACCAUGAACCUGGAGGCCGAACCCAAGCAACAGUCCUACUUACAUGAAUUUGAGGACGUGGGUCAGCUGCUGCAGAGGAUACAGCCGCUGGUGGAGCAGUUUAGCCUGGACGAAGUGGUGAGUGAGGGUGAGAGGCAGCCAGUGUUAGAGCAGCACUUCUGCGUGUGGCUGCUGCUGGUGCUGAAUGAGCUGAGGAUGCAGGUCGGGGCAGCCAUCAGGGACCUGGCCCGCUGGCUGCUGGCUCUGAUGCCCGCCGACAUGUACGAGAGCGGCCUCAGACCCUGCCCCAACAACCUGGCAUCCUUCCUCCUCAACAUAACCUCCUGCUUCAGAAACCUGACACAGGACAUGCUGGAGGGACCUAUACCUGCGUGGGUGUUUGUCACCGAGAACACAUUCCAGGCCUCGGAGGCGGGCAAGGCAGGCACAGCACUCAGCAGCAAAGGUGACGACAAGGACCUGUGCUGGGAGGACUUCCUGCAGCACGUGAAAUUGGACGCCCUAAUGGGGGGCCGCGCCCAGCCCGUGGCAGCAGAACACUUCACGCAGGGGCUGGUAUAUGCUGUGUGGCGGACCACCCAGCUGCUUGGGGAGGGUGAGCAGCAGCUGAUGGACUGGCUGAGGCAGCUCUCGCCUCUGCCCAUGAGCAAGGAACAGCUGGAAAACCUCCUGGCGAUGAUUGGCACACUGCACAACCACCUGGAGGAACACCCAGAAGACAUCCAUGAGCUGCAGCAGGAAGCCAUCACACGGCAGCAGAGCCCAGCACUGGGUGUGUCCGGCCCUGAGAAGACACCGCACACGUCACCUGCUCCUCGGACCAAUGGGGGUUGUAAGGCAGUGAAGCACAAGAGCAUCACACCCAUUGCUCCUGAUAUGAAGGAAGGGAAAGGCAACACCACCUCUAAGAUAUCCUCAUCAAGGAGGAAGAGAGGCUCCAGGCUGAAUAAUCUCGACCACAAAAGGCAUAAAAGCAGCUCAGACAUGUCUAGAGCAAACAGAAACAGAUGGGAGAGUGGUUCAUCCCAGGGCAGCAGUGGAUCCACAGAGGGGAUGACAGACACCAGAGGAGCCUCAGAGGAGGUGGACAUCACGAGUGGAAGCCUGGGCCACAGUGCACCCACAACUGACGCUACCGCAGACAUUUCCAAAGACACCCAAGAAGUCUCACGAGAGAGAGAUGUCACCAGGGAGACUCCUGCACCUACAGCUGAGUCUGUUAAAGAAAUUGGGGUGACACCAGAACCCUCACCAGAGAGCAUAACAACCAGUAAGCCAUCAGAGAGCACUGCAAACCCCACUGAGCCUACUUCAGAGAUUGUAGCAAUUCCUGCACCCUCGGAAGAGAACAUGACCACCAGUGAGUCUAAGGAAAAGACUGCAGGCAUCACUGAGCCCACUUCAGAGAUUGUAGCCACUCCCGCACCCUCAGAAGGUAAUGUAAUAGCCAGCGAGCCCAAGGAAAAGACUGCAGAUGUUACUGAGCCUCCUGCAGAAACAGUCGUGUCCGUCAGUCAACUUGGUGAAGAAACCACGACCAACUGUAACCCAUCAGACGAGACAGCGACCACCACUGUGCUGAGGAAAGGGACACCAGUAAAUGAUGCUGAAUCCUCUGAAGUGCUUCCUCCCACCAGUGACCUUAUUGAAGAUGAGGCAGCCUUCCCUGAGCCUGCACACAAGCCCACAGCCACCAGUGAGCCUGCAGAAGAGACCACAGCCACCAGUGAGCCUGCAGAAGAGACCACAGCCACCAGUGAACCUGCAGACAAAUCCACAGCCAUCAGUGAACCUGCUGAAGAGACCACAGCCAUCAGUGAACCUGCUGAAGAGACCACAGCCACCAGUGAGCCUGCAGAUGAAUUCACAACCACCAAUGAGCCUGCAGAAGAGUCCACAGCCACCAGUAAACCUGCAGACGAGUCCACAGCCACCAGUGAGCUGGCAGAAGAGACCACAGCCACCUAUGCACGUGUAGAAGAGACUGCAACCACUUAUUCAGCUACAGAAGACACCACAGCCUCUUCUGCACCUGUAGAAGAGACCACAGUCACAUCUGCACCUGUAGAAGAGACCACAGUCACAUCUGCACCUGUAGAAGAGACCACAGCCACUUUUACACCUGUAGAAGAGACCACAGCCACUUUUACACCUGUAGAAGAGACCACAGCCACUUUUACACCUGUAGAAGAGACCACAGCCACUUUUACACCUGUAGAAGAGACCACAGCCACUUUUACACCUGUAGAAGAGACCACAGCCACUUUUACACCUGUAGAAGAGACCACAGCCACCUCUACACCUGUAGAAGAGACCACAGCCACCUCUACACCUGUAGAAGAGACCACAGCCACCUCUACACCUGUAGAAGAGACCACAGCCACCUCUACACCUGUAGAAGAGACCACAGCCACCUCUACACCUGUAGAAGAGACCACAGCCACCUCUACACCUGUAGAAGAGACCACAGCCACCUCUACACCUGUAGAAGAGACCACAGCCACCUCUACACCUGUAGAAGAGACCACAGCCACCUCUACACCUGUAGAAGAGACCACAGCCACCUCUACACCUGUAGAAGAGACCACAGCCACCUCUACACCUGUAGAAGAGACCACAGCCACCUCUACACCUGUAGAAGAGACCACAGCCACCUCUACACCUGUAGAAGAGACCACAGCCACUUUUACACCUGUAGAAGAGACCACAGCCACCUCUACACCUGUAGAAGAGACCACAGCCACCUCUACACCUGUAGAAGAGACCACAGCCACCUCUACACCUGUAGAAGAGACCACAGCCACCUCUACACCUGUAGAAGAGACCACAGCCACCUCUACACCUGUAGAAGAGACCACAGCCACCUCUACACCUGUAGAAGAGACCACAGUCGCAUCUGCACCCGUAGAAGAGAUCACAGCCACUUUUGCACCUGUAGAAGAGACCACAGCCACCUCUACUCUUGCAGAGGAAACCACAGUCACUGUUGCACCUGCAAAAGAAACUUCAGUCACCUCUACACCUGCAGAAGAAACCACAGUCACCUCUACACCUGCAGAAGAAACCACAGUCACCUCUACACCUGCAGAAGAAACCACAGUCACCUCUACACCUGCAGAAGAAACCACAGUCACCUCUACACCUGCAGAAGAAACCACAGUCACCUCUACACCUGCAGAAGAAACCACAGUCACCUCUACACCUACAGAAGAAACCACAGUCACCUCUACACCUGCAGAAGAAACCACAGUCACCUCUACACCUGCAGAAGAAACCACAGUCACCUCUACACCUGCAGAAGACACUCGUACAUCUGCAGAAGAGAGCAGCAGAGUUGGCAUAGGGUUUGCAAGACAAUCUCCAUCAAGUGUUGUGUCUGCAGAGGAGGUGGCAGGCAUCACUGAGACCCCUGAAUCAAGUGCUGUUGAACCUCCUGAAGCCACAGCUGCCACCACUGAACCAGCUCAACAGACUGUAGAACCUCCUGGAGACAGGGUUGCUACCCCUGAACCAGCUCAACAGACAGUGUCCUCAAUUCAACAGGCAAAGGGGCCGGGCAUCACUGAGUCUUCCAAAGAGAUUCCAGUCUGUGGCAAUAUUUUGGAAGCUGAAACCAUCCCUGAACCUUCUGAGAGCAUGAUGACUACUACUGGACUGUGCAGGGCCCCUAGUGCCAGCAGUGAGCUUAGCAGGGAUACUCAAGUUACAGUGGAAGAGAGUCCAGCCAUCCUUGGGGCUUCAGGACAAGAUAGAGUCACCACAGAACCUUCUGAAAGCCCUGUGACAACCCCUCACAAGGAUGCUGAAGUUGCUGCAAGGGAGAUUCCGAUUAUCCUUGCACCUCUGGGACAAGAUAAUACUGUUAGGAAACCCUACAAAACUAUAGUCACAAGUGAAAAAGAACAGGCAAGGAAGGGCAGGUUUUCCUCGCCCUCGACCAAAGCAGACAAAAGUUCCCCUGGCAGGACUCCGGGCAAGCCAAGGACCCCACAUGGACCCCCAGAAAAGAAGCAGAAGCUCAGUUUUGAGGAGCUGAUGAACUAUGACAUCAGAGGCAUUGAGCCCUCCUAG